CCUUUUUCGCAUUUCCAAAAAUUUCGAGCCAAGAUUUCGCGGAGAGAGCUUUCGAACAAACCACACCUCAAGACCUCAGGACCUUUUUUUUGCGCCACGGCUCACAGCAGCAAAAAGUCACAGGUAGUCGCACCCAGAACAUAGUUUGCGACUUAAUUCGGCGACAUCACCUCGUGAACGAAGGAAAGGAAGGGGUCCAUUGAGACUGCUGUUGCAAGGCAGGCGGGCGGCGGAAACGACAACGAAAAGAUGCCGAAGAAAGCGAUUGACUCUCGGAUCCCGGCGCUGAUUCGCAAUGGCGCGCAGGAGAAGAAGCGGAGUUUCUUCGUGGUCGUGGGCGAUCGCCAGAAGGAUGUCAUCGUGAACUUGUACCACAUCCUUUUGAACGUCGACAUCAAGUUGAACAAGAACGUGCUAUGGGCAUACAAGAAUAAGCUAUUGGGAUUCUCAAGUCAUCGACAAAAGCGCGAGAGGAAGAUCAAGAGCGAAAUCAAGCGCGGGAUCCGCGACGCCGACACCGAAGACCCGUUCGAGCUAUUCGUUUCGUCGCAGAACAUCCGCUAUGUCUACUACAAGGAGACCGAGAAGAUCCUGGGCAACACCUACGGCAUGUGCAUCCUGCAGGACUUCGAAGCAAUCACACCCAACUUGCUUGCGCGGACGAUCGAGACCGUGGAGGGAGGUGGAAUCGUGCUUUUGCUGCUCAAGGGAAUGAACAGCUUGAAGCAGCUGUACACAUUGUCCAUGGACAUCCACUCGAGAUAUCGCACGGAGGCUCACAGCGAUGUGGUCGCGCGGUUCAAUGAGCGCUUCAUCUUGUCGCUUGGAAAGUGCGAGUCGUGCUUGGUGGUCGACGAUGAACUUAACGUGUUGCCCAUCUCCGGCGGCAAGCAUGUCAAACAGCUACCCCCACCGGACCCGGAAUUGGAGGGCAAGACGCCCAAAGCGAAAGAGUUGGAAGAGAUCAAAGAGUCCCUUGCAGAUUCCCCACCCGUUGGAGACCUCGUCAAGCUCGCGAAAACCGUCGACCAGGCUAAAGCGGUUCUCACCUUCGUUGACGCGAUCGCGGAGAAGACGCUGCAGAGUACUGUCACAUUGACCGCUGGACGUGGUCGAGGAAAGUCGGCCGCGCUCGGUGUCGCAGUCGCGGCAGCUAUUGCCCACGGCUACAGCAACAUCUUCAUCACAUCUCCAAGUCCCGAGAACUUGAAGACACUCUUCGAAUUCGUUUUCAAGGGCUUUGAUUCCCUAGGCUACAUGGACCAUCAGGACUACACUAUCAUGCAAUCGACCAACCCCGACUUCAACAAGGCCAUCGUCCGAGUCAACGUGCACAGACAACAUCGCCAGACCAUUCAAUACAUCCAACCGCAGGACGCUUACACCCUAGGACAGGCCGAGUUGGUCGUCAUCGACGAGGCUGCAGCCAUCCCACUACCUUUGGUCCGAAAGCUCAUGGGACCCUACCUAGUCUUCAUGGCAUCGACAAUCAACGGCUACGAAGGAACCGGCCGCUCGCUCUCCCUCAAACUCAUCCAGCAGCUUCGCGAGCAAUCGAGAGGCCGCGCAGCCAACGGCGCCAACCAGGUCGUCGACCGCACCACGGGCAAGGAAUCCAAGGACGGAACCGAGACCUCCAUGUCAGGCCGAUCGCUCCGCGAGAUCACACUGUCCGAGCCCAUCCGAUACGCGCCAGGGGACCAGGUCGAAAGAUGGCUGAACGACGUCCUCUGCCUUGACGCCACUCUCCCACGGAACAAAUUGGCUGCACAGGGUUGCCCACAUCCUUCGGAAUGCCAAUUGCUCUUCGUCAACCGCGAUACCCUCUUCUCCUUCAACCCCGCAGCUGAGAAGUUCCUGCAGAAGAUGAUGGCACUGUACGUCGCGAGUCACUACAAGAACUCCCCCAACGACCUCCAACUCAUGUCCGAUGCCCCCGCCCAUCAACUCUUCGUCCUCGUCCCCCCGGUCACAGAGGACAACAAGCUCCCCGAGCCGCUCUGCGUCGUGCAAGUAGCGCUCGAAGGCCAAAUCAGCAAAGAAAGCGUCCUGAGCGGCCUCAGUCGCGGACAGCGGGCUGGCGGCGACCUCAUCCCCUGGCUCGUCUCGCAGCAAUUCCAGGACGAGAACUUCGGCGGCCUCUCGGGCGCCCGCGUCGUCCGCAUUGCUACGAACCCGGACUACAUCAACAUGGGCUACGGCGCCCGCGCACUGGAGCAACUCGUCGACUUCUACGACGGAAAGAUCGCGAGUCUCUCCGAACACGAGCUCCACGACGUCCCCGGGAUGAGGCGAGUGACAGAGGCCGAGCUGGAAAGCGCAACGCUGCUAAAAGACGACGUCAAAGUGCGAGAAGCAAAAGACAUGCCCCCGCUCUUCGCGCGCCUCUCCGAACUCAAGGCCCCGCAGCUCGACUACAUCGGCGUGUCCUACGGCCUCACGCAGCAACUCCACAAGUUCUGGAAGCGCGCGUGCUUCGUGCCCGUGUACCUCCGGCAGACGCCCAACGAGCUGACCGGCGAGCACACGUGCGUGAUGCUGCGGUCCCUCGAGACGACGUCCUCCGACGGCAGCUGGGUCGCCGCCUUCGCGCGCGACUUCCAGCGCCGCUUCCUCUCCCUGCUGUCCUACCAGUUCUCCACGUUUCCGUCCAUCACCGCGCUCUCGAUCGACGAGUCCGCGACCUCGGGCUCCAAACUCGAUUCUUCGUACUUCGCGCGGCCCCUCAAGAAGGCUGAACUCGACGAAUUGUUCUCCCCCUUCGACCUCAAGCGCCUCGACUCCUACGCGAACAACAUGCUCGACUACCACGUCAUCCUCGACCUGCUCCCCCCGAUCGCCCUGCUCUACUUCACCGGCCGCCUGAAGGGCCUCGUCAAGAUGAGCGGCGUCCAGAACGCCCUCCUCCUGUCCAUCGGCCUCCAGCGCAAGGAGUUCUCCGACGUCGAGAAGGAAAUGGGCCUCAAUUCCAGCCAGCUGCUCGCCAUGUUCGUCAAGGUGAUGCGCAAGAUCUCGACGGCGUUCCGCGGCAUCGUCGAGGGCGCCGUCGAGCAGUCCAUGCCGCAGGUCAUGGAAGUCGACGAGAAUGGCGUUGAUGGCGAUGCUGAUGGCGACGCUGAGGCGCGGAAGUUCCAGCCGCUGGAGCAGACGCUCGACGACGAGCUCCAGGAGGCUGGGGAUGAGAUCGAUCGUCUUGAGAAAGAGCGUGCGAGGAGCUUGAUCGAUGCUCUGCCUCUUGAGAAGUACGAGAUCGGCUCCGGUGCGACCGACUGGACGGAUGCGGAACGCCAGAUCCGCAGCGCGACCAAGGGCGGCGGCAAGAGCAUGACCGUCAGUGUGAAGACCGGCAAGGACAAGAAGAGGAAGGCGGGCGAGGGACUCGAAGAAGCCCACAAGGAAGCCGACAAGUUCAAGGAGGGCGGCAAGAAGAAGAAGAGCAAGUUCGGCAAGGGGAAAUAAAUAAAAAGUUGGACAGUGACGUCUUAGCAAUGUAGCAUAAAGCAAAAAAGCGGCGUAUAGGCGCGAGAGUUGGUGGGACAUGGCAUUCUGUAUUUUGUUGUCU